CGUUUUAGCUCAUGUUCUGUCGCGCGAGUCUUUUGUGUGAAUUGUUACAAGCUUACAACAAGAGUACUGCUUCACCAAGUACGCUGAGCGGACACUCCGACUAUGUUUUGAUGCGUUUUGCUUCCUGGGAAAAAACUCGCCAAGAAACUAACAGUUGUUGCGAAGAACAACUCUAUGAACUGCAGCACUUGUCUGUAAUUCAUUGUAUUGAAAGCUUCUAACACUGGUCGAGUUUUUCCCCCCUUACAAACCGCAAACGGAUGUGAGGCAGAGAGACGGUGGUUAUCCGCUGUGUUUCAGCACUACUAAUACCCCAGUUUUUUAAGUUGCGCGCCGAUUUUUAAUUUAUCAGCUAAAACUCCGAGAAGCUAUAGGAUAACAAGAAUCCGAGAAAAAAACCGCUGGUGAUUGAUGUUUCUUCUGAAAUGGACGUAAGAUUUUAUCCUCCUCCACCUCACCCUUCAUCAACUACAGAUCCUUCCUGCUUGGGACCCUCACAUUGCCUGGACCCUUACUAUUACAAUAAGUUUGACAGUGAGAACAUGUACAUGAGCAUGUCAGAGCCGAGCCAGGACUUUGUGCCAGCAAACCAGUUUCGUGUGCCAGACAGCCCAAGCCAGCCGCAGCAAAAUAUGAAACAGACUGGACCCCCCUGGAAAAGAGAAGUACCAUCUCCCAUGGACUGCCAUCGACUACCAUGGCAGUCUUACCCUGUGCCCAGCCUUGGUGAUGAAGACUUCAACAUUCCACCCAUUACCCCACCCACACUGCCGGAGCACCCACUGGUCCACAUGCCCGAGUCAGACUCUGCAGGGUACCAUUCCCUCUGCCCCCCCAUGCCUCAGAAUGGACUACACCCCUUCCACCCGCAAAACAUGGACCUCCCGUCCAUCACAGUCUCCAACAUGUUGAGCCAAGAUGGUGCCCUGCUUUCAAAUUCCUUGUCUAUGAUGCAAGAGAUGGCCAACUCUGAGACAUCCCGAUACAACAGCCAUCCACAAAUGGAGGCUCUGAGGCCCAGACUCCAGUCGGUCAUGAUGCCGCAUGGUCAGCUGACCACCAUCAACCAAUCCCAACUCAGUGCUCAGCUGGGUUUGAGCGGAAACAACGUCCCCCAUAGUUCCCCUUCACCUCCUGGAAGCAAAUCUGCAACUCCCUCUCCCUCCAGUUCAGUACAUGAAGAUGAAGCAGAUGAGUCUUUAAAGAUGAAUGGGGCCGAGAAGAGGCCAGCCACAGAUGUGGGAAAGAAGCCCAAAACCCCAAAGAAGAAGAAGAAGAAGGACCCCAACGAGCCGCAGAAGCCCGUCUCCGCCUACGCGCUCUUCUUCCGCGACACCCAGGCCGCCAUCAAGGGACAAAACCCCAACGCCACCUUCGGCGAAGUUUCCAAAAUCGUGGCCUCCAUGUGGGAUGGCCUUGGUGAAGAACAGAAACAGCUGUACAAGAAGAAAACAGAAGCCGCUAAGAAGGAAUAUCUCAAACAGCUGGCUGCGUACAGGGCAAGUUUGGUUUCCAAGAGUUACAGCGAGCCUGUUGACGUGAAAACAUCCCAAGCCUCGCAGAUGCUGGGCUCCAAGCAGCAGGCUUUCCCCGGGGCCCCACAGGCCCACUCAGGCCUGUACAUGGGACACCCUUAUCACCAGCAGCCAGGGAUGAACCCUCACCUGCCAGCCAUGCACCCCGGCCUGCCCCGCAGCAUCGCCCCCAAGCCCAACGCCCAAAUGCCAGUGACUGUCUCCAUCACCAACAUGGCGGGGUCACCCCCUCCCCCGCUCCAGCUCAGCCCGCCUCUGCACCAGCACCUCGGCCUCCAGCAGCAGCACCAGUCCAUCGCCAUGCAACAGCAGCUCGGCAACCACCAGCUCUCCCUCCACUCCCCGUCCAUGUCGCAGGGUUUUCCACUUCAAGCAGAAUUCCAGAACAUCCUAAACUGCACAUCCUCAGGGGGCCAGGUGGUGUCGCCCUCAAUGGAUUACAUCCGUUCAGGGUGCAGGAAUCCUUCUGCGCAGAGUGUGGACUGGACCACUGACUACUGCAGUAAUGGAAACAUGCAAAGAGACAAAGCUUUGUAUCUCACCUGAUCAAGACCUAAUUCUGUUCUGUGGAGCUCCUGAAAAUCGUUCUACCACCUUGACUGUGUUCACAGGACUGAGGCAGUUUUUUUUUUUUCAUCUCAACACAAAGCCGCUAAGCACUUACAACUUUGUAUUGUUUAUCUGAGCAUCAGAGGUGACCUGUAAAGAAACUGAAAACAAAUCAGUCAUUUCUUUUUUUAAUUUAAUAAUAAUGGAAAGCUGAAACUUAAUUAAUAUACAGAUUGAAACAAAUUUGGACAACAUGGCUUUUAUGUUGAUUUUGCUGUGGAUUUGCGCUAGUACGCUGCCUUAGAAACUGUAGUCUGCACACAGAUGAAAUUUUAGAAGUCUUUUCUUUAAAAACUGGUGUUUAUAGGAACGACUAAAGACUUAAUGGCUUAUUAUAGCCCAUAUAGCAAGUUUGUAAAUAGAUUCUAUGUUACACUCUCUUAGAGUAUAAAAAAUGAGCUUUUUUUCUUUAGGUACAGUGUGAUUUGGAACAGGAUGAGACAGGUUAUUUAAGUCUUGAAAAUGGUUAUUAAAUUGGAAAAUCUUAUUUUUGCUUAAUUUGUAAUGUAACAAACUGGGAAAUUCCUAUAUUUUGCAAGAACAUUUAGACUGUUCCCAAACCUGAAACAAAAGUUGGCAUUUACCCACAGAGUAGCAUGGAAUAUUUGGGAGGUUGAGAAAA